AUGAGCUCAGACCCUUGCGCAGCGUGUAGCUGGACCACUGAACGCCAAAAUCAUUGCAACUACCAAAGCUACCUCAAACUGUUCUAUGAAGCAGGCGACCGAGGCGUCUGGUCGUUGGGCUCAAAAUUGAUAUUGAAAGAUCGAGGUGCUAGCCUUCCGACCUUCGAGGCACCAAAUAUUCAAUUUGUGCAGGAACAGACAUCUAUUCCUGUUCCCGCUGUUGUCGAGUCUUGGGAGGAAGACGAACACACCCUCAUAUUAAUGCGACGCAUCCCCGGCGAACCCCUCAGCGAAGCUUGGCCGAAGCUCUCCACGGAUGAAAAAGAGAGGAUAGCAAAGCAGACUGCUGAGUAUCUACAACAACUUCGCGCGCUCCAGUCUGAUAAAAUUCAAUCUCUUGGCGGCCGUCCGGGUUUUUCAAACUUCCUGUUCAAAGAUAAAGAUUCCGAGACUCCUCACGGUCCUCUAGCAUCCGAUGAUGAUCUCUGGGACGAUAUGGAACAGGGACUGAAAGAGACGAUCCCCGAGGCUGCACGAACACGGCUUCGACAUUGCAUGCCUUCCGCUACGCCUUACACCUUUACGCACGGAGACCUCACUAAUGUGAAUAUCAUUGUUGACAAUGGCUCCCUUACCGGCAUAAUUGAUUGGGAGAUGUCUGGAUACUUCCCAGUGUGGUGGGAAUAUGUGUGCACCUCGGUUCCUGAUAGCGAGGAGGACAGGGAGUGGAAGGCGUUGUUACGAAAAUACAUGCCUGAUCAUAGCGCUGCCCGUGAAUUCUGGCUGGACUAUUAUUAUCUUUGCAGGGAUCCCGGCAGUGACAGAGCUACGAAGUUCAUGGAGAAAGAAAGAAGUGAGGCCCGUUAG